AUGAGGGUAAUGAUUGACGAAUUGGAUUGGGUUAAUCUCAGAAAGUCAGAAUCUCAGAAUCUCAGAAUCUCAGAAUCUCAGAAUCUCAGAAUCUCAGAUGCUCAGAAUCUCAGAAUUUCAGAAUCUCAGAAUCUCAGAAUCUCAGAAUAUCAGAAUAUCAGAAUAUCAGAAUCUCAGAAUCUCAGAACCUCAGAAUCUCAGGAUCUCAGAAUCUCAGAAUCUCAGAAUCUCAGAAUCUCAGAAUCUCAGAAUCUCAGAAUCUCAGAAUCUCAGAAUCUCAGAAUUUCAGAAUUUCAGAAUUUCAGAAUUUCAGAAUUUCAGAAUUUCAGAAUUUCAGAAUUUCAGAAUUUCAGAAUUUCAGAAUUUCAGAAUUUCAGAAUUUCAGAAUUUCAGAAUUUCAGAAUUUCAGAAUUUCAGAAUUUCAGAAUUUCAGAAUUUCAGAAUCUCAGAAUCUCAGAAUCUCAGAAUCUCAGAAUCUCAGAAUCUCAGAAUCUCAGAAUUUCAGAAUCUCAGAAUCUCAGAAUCUCAGAAUCUCAGAAUCUCAGAAUCUCAGAAUCUCAGAAUCUCAGAAUCUCAGAAUCUCAGAAUCUCAGAAUCUCGGAAUCUCAGAAUUUCAGAAUCUCGGAAUCUCCGAAUCGUAGAAUCUCAGAAUCUCAGAAUCUCAGAAUCUCAGAAUCUCAGAAUCUCAGAAUCUCAGAAUCUCAGAAUCUCCGAAUCCUAGAAUAUCAGAAUCUCAGAAUCUCAGAAUUUCAGAAUCUCAGAAUCUCAGAAUCUCAGAAUCUCAGAAUCUCAGAAUCUCCGAAUCCUAGAAUAUCAGAAUCUCAGAAUCUCAGAAUUUCAGAAUCUCAGAAUCUCAGAAUCUCAGAAUCUCAGAAUCUCAGAAUUUCAGAAUCUCAGAAUUUCAGAAUCUUCGAAUCUCCGAAUCCUAGAAUAUCAGAUUCUCUGAAUCUCAAAAUCUCAAAAUCUCAAAAUCUCAAAAUCUCAGAAUUUCAGAAUCUCAGGACCUCAGAACCUUAG